AGAAAUGUCAUUGACAUGAAGAAUAGGUAAAUUUGUUUUUCCGUCACUGAGAGCACACCUCAUAGGAAUUCCGAUUUUAAGACAGAGCAACGAGGAUUAAAAGACUUUAUUUCUGGGGGGAGAAAAAUGUAUCUAACGGUUCUUUUGCUUAGAGGUGUUCUGGGUCUGCUCUGGAGUUCCUGGGUUUUGGUGGGUUAUGCAAAAGGCGGUCUGGGAGAUAAUCACGUUCACUCCAGUUUUAUUUAUAGGAGGCUGCGGAACCAUGAAAGAAGGGAGAUCCAGAGAGAAAUUCUCUCUAUCCUGGGUUUACCUCACAGACCCAGACCAUUUUCACUUGGAAAACAGGCUUCUUCGGCUCCUCUCUUCAUGCUGGACCUGUACAAUGCUAUGACAAAUGAAGAAGACACGGAGGAAUUGGAAUAUUCACUGAGGGGUUCCAUGGGAGGAGAGAACAGAGGGGUAAGAAGGGGAUACCCAGCCUCUCCAAAUGGGUAUUCUCGGAGAAUGCAAUUAUCUCGCACCACAUCCUUGACCACACAAAGUCCUCCUUUAGCCAGCCUGCACGAUACCAACUUUCUGAAUGACGCUGAUAUGGUCAUGAGCUUUGUCAACUUAGUUGAAAGGGACAAGGACUUUUCUCACCAGCGAAGGCACUUCAAAGAGUUUCGAUUUGACUUGACUCAAAUCCCUCAUGGAGAAGCAGUGACUGCAGCUGAGUUCCGGAUAUACAAAGACCGAAGCAAUAAUCGAUUUGAAAAUGAAACCAUCAAAAUUAGUAUUUAUCAAAUCAUCAAGGAAUACCCAAAUAGGGAUGCUGAUCUGUUCCUGUUAGAUACCAGGAAGGCUCAAGCUUUGGAUGUUGGUUGGCUUGUGUUUGACAUCACUGUGACCAGCAAUCACUGGGUGAUUAAUCCACAGAAUAAUUUGGGUUUGCAACUCUGUGCAGAAACAGGGGAUGGGCGCAGCAUAAACGUUAAAUCAGCUGGUCUUAUAGGAAGACAUGGGCCUCAAUCGAAACAACCAUUUAUGGUUGCAUUCUUCAAAGCAAGUGAAGUACUUCUUCGAUCAGUCCGAGCAGCCAGUAAUAAGAGGAAAAAUCAGAAUCGCAACAAAUCCAAUAGCCACCAAGAUGCUUCAAGGAUGUCCAGUGUUGGGGAUUAUAACACAAGUGAACAAAAGCAAGCCUGUAAGAAGCAUGAACUCUAUGUGAGCUUUCGUGACUUGGGAUGGCAGGAUUGGAUUAUAGCUCCCGAGGGUUAUGCUGCAUUUUAUUGUGACGGAGAAUGCUCCUUCCCACUUAAUGCUCACAUGAAUGCUACCAACCAUGCCAUUGUUCAGACUCUGGUUCACCUGAUGUUCCCUGAUCAUGUUCCUAAACCUUGCUGUGCACCAACUAAACUGAAUGCCAUUUCUGUGCUCUACUUUGAUGAUAGUUCUAAUGUCAUUUUGAAGAAAUAUAGAAAUAUGGUAGUACGUUCGUGUGGUUGCCACUAAAAUAAAAUAUUAAAAUUGAAACCAUGUUUUACUCAGAGUACAGUACAAUCUGAAAGGCUUAAUUUUGGAGGUAUCCCUAUUCCAGUUCACU